AUGGAGAAGAUUGCGUCCUGCGUCCUGCGUCCCGUUUCCCGCCCGUCGGUCAUUCUUCUUCUACUGCUUCACAAUGCACUUCCACAAAUGUUUGAGCGAAUCAAAGUAGUGGAAAAUAGCCCCAUGAAUACUGUGAUCUUGGACAUACGAAGUGUUUUCUUGCGCCAGGGCGGAGAACCUCUACAGACAAAUGCGUCCGUUUUCGCCAGCGAGCAGCAAACAUUUUGGCCAUUUGUGAUAGACAACUUCGUUAUUCGCCUGGUUGGACCUUUGGACAGGGAGGCCAUCUGCGUACAGCAGAGUGCUUCUCACAGACUGGAAUCAUUACCCGGAAGCGUUAGUCUUAUGUCUACCCCAGGACCACCAACACAUACCGCAAACCAGUAUAGCUGCACACCAGGGGUGUGUUGUCAAUUGUUACAUGUAAAUAUACUACUGAGUCCUACUGCACUGCCCAAGGACUUCUUCAUACUGGUUGAAGUGGAGGAUAUGAACGACAACCCCCCGCGAUUCUCUCCGCUUAACUCACCGUACGCCAUAGUUCGGGAAGAUGUAAGCGUAGGGCACCGAAUAUGGCUUCCAAAAGCUUUUGAUCUAGACAGCGAUCAGUAUAGUGUAUUGGAAUAUCGCAUAGAAAACUGGAUUCGAGGCAAUCACACUCAUCUCAACCUUGGUGUUGAGCAAAAUGAAUCCUGGAAGUCAGCAAAAGAUGGUAUCUUUCCCUCUUCGUCAAGAAGUAGUAUGCCCUACGCCAUAUCUGCAAGACCUUACUUGACCCCAGUUGUACCUUUGGACAGAGAACACUGUGAUGUUUACUCUUUCACCCUCAUCGCUGUAGAUGGUGGCGUGCAGGAUACAGUUAACCCUGAUCUGCCCAAUCGUGCACUUACUGGAUCAGUAAACAUAGACAUUCAUCUGGAAGACGUCAAUGAUAAUGCCCCGUUAUUUGACAGUGACAUGUACAAUGCCAAGUUGGUUGAAAAUGUGGUAACUGUUAAUGUGUUCGAGUUUGAAGUGGUGGACAAAGACAUUGGAAACAGCGGAAGAAUCAAAGUCAGUAUUCAUGAUCACAGUGGUUAUGCACAAAGAUUAUUUCGUGUUGGCCUUCAGACAGUGUCGCGGUCAUUCUUUCAUGGUUCAUCCGCGAGUCUAACAAAGCAGUCAAACAAUCCUAAAGAAUCCCACUUUCGAGGUUUCUUGCAACUGAUCGGACAAGUUGAUGCGGAACGUUUUCCAGCCAUUCUACAUUUCCAGCUAAUCGCUACUGACUUUGGCCAACAAGCUCUAUCUUCCACAGCGGAAGUACAGAUUCAAAUAAUAAAUGUAAAUGACAAUGCACCAAGCAUUGCCUUUUUCAGUAGAGGAAAACGCCUUUCGGAUGGUCGCAUUUCAUUGCCAGAGGUUGAGACGCCAGCUCGAUCGCUUGUUGCUCUCAUGCAUGUGACUGAUGGUGACUCGCCUUUGGCUCAACUACGUUGUCAACUGGUACAAGAAGCGGAUACAUUUACUCUGGAAGAGGUUAGAGGGUCAGGUUUCCAAUCAGUGCAUCGUGAGAACUUCAUGUACGAGUCCGCUGUGGAGCCACACGGAAUAGUGUCUCGUUACCGGCAGUUUGCCAUCCGAACCAGAACGAUACUGAACAGGGAGAUAAAAAAUCUAUACAUCGUAAGUUUACUGUGUGCGGCUGCUGUUACCUUUUUGUCCCACCAAUCAGCACCGGUGUUUAUGACACUUAUCUGUUGGUACCUAUUUCCAUGGAAUUAG